AUGCCGCAGGCCGCGUGCAGCCUUGGCAUGCGCCCACGGGAGGCAUCCGGAGUAAUCAACUACGAGGUCGGUGCUCGCACAGAUACGACAGGCGCCGAGCUGUUGGUGUCACCGCGAUAUUGCUCAUGCGCAAGCGAACAGGCUAGUGGGGCCUUUCUUCCCAUCGCAAAACGUCCCGUCUCGCCAUCGGGUGGCUCGCAAAGUGAACCGACCUGGAAAGUCACCUUGGCGAAGAUGCCCCCCGAUUGCUGGGACCGCGCUGCGCGUCUCAGUGUAGGUUCUCCAUUUAACCGGCAAAAGGAUAUGGUGGUGGUGGCGUUGUGGUGGAAUACCGGUAAAUGCCAAGAUGCCAUUCAUCCCUGGGGCGGAGAGCGGAAACUCGGCACGUCGAUGACUGAGAAUUCGACAUGA